AUGAAGGCAGCCUGCAUCAUCCUGACCGUCCUCAUAGUAGUCGCCAUUAUGGCGGUCUGCAUCAUGGUGAAGUUCGCCACAGAAAUCACCGUGCAGGAGAAGAAACGGGAGUAUAUGUCUGGAGGAGGGGUCUACUCGUUCGCCAAGUCCAUGGGAGUGAUAUCCUUGACUGAUAAUUCCUCACAAUCCAUGUCAGAACGGUUCCCAUAUGUCGCUGCAAUAACCAGGAAUUCAUCCUCGACCUGGUCGUUUUCUUGCUUUGCCAGCGUUAUUUUAAUCAAGUGGGUGGUCACGUCAGCACAUUGCAGAAGGUAUGGGUCGACACAUAGAGUCUUAGUGUACUAUGAUUUCGUCAGAAACUACACUCAUACUUACCCAAUAUUGUUCUGGCGGCUACACGAGAAAUUCAACGCCAGUCAUCCGACUCCAAAAUACGAUAUUGCGAUCGCGAAAUUGAAUGUGGAUUUCUAUCCAUUCACAAUGAAGCCUUCUGUGUUUGAUGACAAGGGAGUCAAAGAAGCAGAAGCUAGCGUGUGGAAGACUGUAUCUACAAUGGAUAAGAAGAUGUAUUUGACGAAUGAUUUCGAUAAAUUUGAGGUGGCUGUGGUGUCGCAAACGCGGUGUUUCGAGAGCUACGGCGUGGAGUUGGAUGAGACGUUGAUUUGUGUGGACUUAUCAGACUACGAGGACUGUUUCAUUCAUGAAUUCGGGCCGAUAUACUCUGGUGAUAAAGUUGUGGGAGUACUAGCAGUGAAGCCUAGAGAUUGUGAUGUUAAAUUGGCUAUUUUCACGAAUGUCUCUCACUAUUCCAACUGGAUAUUACGGUCGACGCACACAACGUAUUACGGGUGA